AGGGUCUAAGAUCAACAUUCCAUUUUGGAUGUGCUGGGCGUACUGAACCAUUGGUGCAUUGGUGCACAUUGAGUGAAAUUUUGUAUCGUCCCUGGUAGAUAAGUUCAACUCGGGCCCCGAUGGUGAUUUGUUGGUGUACUCUCCGAGUCUUUUUUGCUCACUGUCUGAAGGAAUCAUAGUCUAACACGAAAAUGAAUAGUGACAAGCCUCUACUCAGUGAGUCAAAGAACUGUGCGAUUGUGCAGGAUUCUGACCUCACAAACGAGAAUUCAAGUGAUGGAUCCGCAUCGAAUGCAAAUAAAUGCACUCAGAAAUUGUUGGAUGAUAUGACUAAUUCUGAACAAUGUGAAGACCACGGACGGCAUGUCACAUUUGAUAAAGUGGAGAUAUAUUACUUUGAACGAUCUCAAGGUUUUAUCUGCGUUCCAAGCCAAGGGGGGUCUACACUCGGCAUGCGCCCCACUCAUUCUGCGUUUGAAGUCCUGACCGUCUCCGACCAUCAAGACUUGCGAUUAUUAGAGCGAUAUUUGACGAUCUUGAGAAGGCGCGCAGCUGGAAAGAUUUCAUUAACAGAUGAACAACUUGAAUUCAUAAAGGAAAAGUUAGAAUCCUCACGCUUCCUAUGUUUGAGGGAGGCAUUUCAUAGACAUUCUCUCAUACACAAUAACUUUUGCUUGGGAGUUUCGUCACAAAAGUCGGCUGAUGUUGUUCUCUCUACUUCUACUCACGUUUCUGACGAUUGUUCUGUGGGUCCAUCAGGACGGGUUGACGAUUCACUGUCUAAGCAGAACUGUUCUCCGACCUUUAACGUAGAUGUUGAAAACCAACUUUCGGGACUAAUUGACUGCUAUUUUCUCCAACUCAUUCCCGUGAAAAAACGUCGACUUCUCUUACGCAAAGCGGGGAUCAAGACAAUCGAUCAUACAGAGCGAGUUGAGUGCCAGGCAAUUCGUAUGAGCAGGGAAGUUUGCGGUUGCUCUUGUUCCGAUGGUAUCUGCUCGCCACUUUCUUGCUCUUGUGCCCUCGAUGGCAUUCGUUGCCAGGUUGAUCGAGCAUUAUUCCCAUGCUCGUGCGUUGAGCAUUUAAAUUGUCAGAACCCACAUGGUCGCAUCGAAUUUGACUCCGCUCGUGUGCGCACACACUACAUGCAUACCCGCAUGCGUCUGGAAUUGGAGAGUCGUCACCGGGAGUCACCUGAAUCAAUGUCAACCAGCCACACCACUACAACCGCUUCUGAUAUCGACGGAUCAGAAACACCGCUUAAGAAGAAGGCCAAAUAUGAAUAUACGCUUUCGAAAUCGGAAAAUCCUGUCAAGAUUGAAAGCGAAUUGUCCGUAGAGGAAUUAGCGUCAUCGAAUUCAAUGGGAGAUAUUUCCGUUCUGUCGAAAUUCAAUACCACAAUGUAUGGUGCGUGUUUAGAUUGUGAGAAUGACAAGUACGUACGUAGCUUAGCUCAAUCCUUAGAAACAUCGAGAGGCGGCAGUGAAGACCUCGCGUUCGGCAGUUCAUACUUUCCUUCGGAGUUGACUAAUACGGACACGAACACAUCGGAUGAAUCAUGUAUCCGGAGACGUUUAUGGGGACCAGAAAACUCUGUGAACAUUGCCUCGUACGAAGACACCUUCGUUACAGAAGCCAGCGCAUCACAACUUGAUCAGGAAUAUAAUUCGUCGUGUUCGGCCUUCGUUUCGGACUCAACUUCCCCCCGCUGUUAUGACAGUUCCGGAUAUGCGUUGGGAUCGUCGGUCUACUUGACUCUGACACAAUCGUGCUCUUCAGUCCAUUACAAACCAUAUCAUCCUAGUGGAACUGUGCUCUCAAUCGAUGCUGCGACAAGCAUCCAGAUUUCGGCCGACCACACAAACACUUGUAUUUCGAGUAGCAUCAAGGAUGAAGGAUUACCCAUUGAGUCAAUUCAGCAAGACUCUGAGCUUCAGCGUUGCCAUUUGGAGCCCAUCUCCUCUUUGUUCAGUCGUCGGCUCUCAAAGGACGUGCACUGUUUGGGUUCAGCUGUUGACCAGUCUUCUGGCAACUGUAUCGCCCAGCCUGACUUGACGGGUAUUAACGGAACAAAAGAUGAGACUAUGGCGACCAUGCAAACGGUGCCGGAUUCAUUUUUCCAAUAUGUACCUCUACAUCAUUCUGAAACGAGCACAAAUGUCGGAAAUGCUCCCACUGAAGCACCAUCCAGAUCCGCCUCCCCUUACGUCGAAAGCGUUAGCGCCUAAGUCCAGUUGUCACCCGUCGCAGUGGAUGUAGGCAUUUUCGGGUUCUCACAGUUAUGUGAAAUCCGAAAUUCGUGGACAGAACCAAGGGUCCUCAGUCAGCCACUGGCUUCUAGCAUACGAUGAUAAUCAUCGUCAGGCAGUUCACCAUUGUAGCGUCCACGCGUUCGCACGGAUCAACAAGAAACUACCCAGUAUGUCAAAGGAACUGCUAUCUCACAGCCGAAACCCAAAAGACCUAUUACGGGCUCAUGUAAAGCAAUUCUCUGGAUCCUACAAGAAAAGUGAGGUGUACCAUGAUUAAUCAGGAUCCCAUUUACUCACUUAUGCAGUGAAAAUGAUUAAAAAUGACCAAUCUCUCGAACUGACAAACCUGGAAUAAGCAAUAACACUUCGGUUUGGGCCCA